AAAUUAAACAAUUCAAGAAAAUAUAGAAAAAGAAGGGGGAAGUAAAAAAAAAGUUAUAAAUGGUUGGAAGGAAAACUAAGAAUUCAAAAUAUUCAUUUGGUAACGAUAUACGAUACGAUUUUAUUUGACCGAUUGAACCAUAAUCAAUUGACGAGUAUUAGCUGUGAAUAAUGAGUUUUAUAAGCGAAUUAUCCCAGUCCAAAGAAUACUUGAGCUUCAGAAGUAGUGUACCUUUAAAAGUUAUAGUUGUAGAUAGUGAUGACAAAAAGGGAUGGAAAGUUUUCGAUUGUGGACCAAAAACAAUAAAAUGUCCACUUGUUUGUCUACCUCCAGUAUCAGGAUCAGCUGAUAUAUAUUUUAAACAAGCAUUAAGUUUAUCAGCCAAAGGAAUACGCGUUAUAUCUGUGGAAGCUCCUGUUUAUUGGAAUGUAAGAGAUUGGUGUGAAGGUUUUAGAAAACUUUUGGAUCAUUUAUGUCUCGAUAAAGUUCAUAUUUUUGGUGCCUCAUUAGGUGGAUAUUUGGCUCAAAAAUUUGCUGAAUAUUCUUAUUUAAAUUCAAGAGUGGCAUCUUUAAUUUUAUGUAAUACAUUCAAUGAUACUUCCAUUUUCAACUCUCAUGAAUCGGCUGCUUUAUAUUGGCUAUUACCAGCACUGGUACUUAAAAGACUGAUUGUUGGCAAUUUCAAACCUGAUAAAGUAGACUUUAAUAUUUUGGAAGCUGCAGAAUUCAUGGCAGAAAAGUUGGAAUGCUUAAGCCAAAUAGAAUUAGCUAGUCGACUCACAUUAAAUUGUUUGAAAGGAUAUGUGGAAGCACAUAAACUCAGAGAUAUUCCAGUUACAAUUAUCGAUGUUUUCGAUGAAUAUGCUUUAUCAAGUGCUGUUAGGGAAGAACUUUAUAAAUGUUACCCAGAAGCCAAAAUUGCAAACUUGAAAUCUGGUGGCAAUUUCCCAUAUUUAAGCCGAUGUCAAGAAGUAAAUUUGUACAUUCAGAUACACUUGAGACAAUUUGACGGUAAUGAUCUUUCACCUUCCAAUAUACCUUUAUUGAACCGUUGCUGACGAUAUGUAUACAAUACAUAUAUUUUUUUUUUCUAUUUUUUUGGACGAUAUAUCCAUUUACAUAAUUUUAUUAUAAUGAAAAAAGUUAUAUAUAUUUAUAUAUUGUUCUCAAAUUUGUUUUUAUCAGAUGUAAGAUAUACUCAUAUAAUCGUUGAAAAUUAUUUUAUUAUUGACAAAUUUUUGUAUAUCUUGUGACUUGAUCAUAAAUAAUAAAAAUAUCUUUGUCAACUAUUAAUCAUUCCCAAAUCUUGUCUUCAAUUUUUACAACAAUUUAUAUUACAUAAUUCCAUCUGGAAUUAUUUUGCAUGUGUCCGCAAUGUCUGAUAUUAUUUGAUCGAUUGAGUCACUUUAUAUACGGAUAUGAAAAAAAUCAUAACACAAGAUUAAAAUGCUUUUUUUUCGUGAAUCCAAUAAACCAUUUUACAUAACAAA